GACGGCAAAACCAGUAUUAUGAACUGAUAACAGAUAUGGAUGGAAUUUCCUUGUAAUAAAAUUUAAUCAUCAGUAUAUGUAUUUUAUCAAGAGAAAAAAAAACUUUUACAGAUAGAAUAAAAAGUAUAGUAGCACACAUAUUUAAAAUUUUAAAUAUAUUUAAGACAAUAAUGAAAAUUUCCAAUCAUGAUUAGUCAGGAAAUUCUGAAUUAAAGUGAAGCAUAUAAAAGUAUGUUUCUCGAUGAUCAUGAAUAUAGUCAUCAUUCGACAACUAACAAAAUGAAGAUCACACUUAUAUUUGCUCUAGCCUUUUUCGCUAUUGCUACUGUCAGUUCAGUUAAUUCAACCAAUGAAGUAGAGGGUAAAUUGCAUCCAUCUGAUGAACAAAUUGCGACACACGAUGAUUUAGUUAGAAUGAAAGAAUUCAUAGGAAUGCGAAAUAGAAGGAGGUAUCCCUUCAUGCAACCAUAUAUUGCAACUGGUGGCAAUGGGCGUAGACGUAGAAAGUAUCAACCAUUAAAUACAGAGGAAAUUGAUAAAUCUGAGACAAGCAAAUUAAAUAUUAAUAAUAUUGAAAUUACUAAUAAUUAAAACAAAUCUUUCUUUGUAAUUUUAUUGUUAUAUUAAUUGUCAUUAAAUUAUACAUUUAUAUUCAUAUAUUUAUAACUCGCAAAGGAAAAAUUGUGUAUAAUUAAGCAUGUUUUUAAUAUUAAAAUAUAAGACAAUUAUAUUAAAA